CCGGGCAGCGCGUCCCUACAUACGAGAAGCCAACAUCCUGUACUGCUGCUAAAUAAAUAACAACAACAAUAAUAAUAAUAACAAUAAUAAACUGGUGGCUGUCGUGACCGCGCAGGACCUCCUCUGUUGUUUACGUGCGCGCCCCCGCGCUCUCCCAGGUGAAUGGGAGCACUGCGCUGAGUCCCGCGAGCGUCGCCACUCGUGCUGUUGAGAAAAUGAGGCUUUGCAGACUUGACAACGCAAACCUUUACGUGACAGUCUGCCUGCUGUGGGCGGCUGGAUGUGCUUCCAAACAUGUGUUCUUCGAGUGCGGUGCCAAGCUGGACAUCACGGACGUGCACGGCCUGGUCCUCUCUCCUGGCUUCCCGUACAACUACUCUUCUGGCACUCACUGUGUCUGGCAGUUCCUCAUUCCCGCCGGUCACCUCCUCACUCUGGAGAUGCUGGACUUUGACGUCUUCGAGAGUCACGGCGACAUGGACGGGUCCCCUACCCCGGCCGCUGGUGUCUCCGUGGAGGCUCGGGGUGCUGGCGGGGAUGAUCUCGGCCCUGUUGCGGAGGGAUCGCAUCCGCGAGGUCCAGGCCGCAGUGGAAGAGCAGCGAAGGAAUCUGGGUCUGUCUGGGGGGCGGAGCUAAAAAGGCUCGUCGUCCAGGGAGAGCCCAGCAAAACGGAAAUGGCCAAAGUCUCCACCUCAGCGAGGCGGUUGUCUGAGAUGCCUCUGGACCAUCCGCUGUCUCGUCUGGACAGCUCUCCUCUCCUGGGAGGGAUGCACCAGGGAUCUGCUCGGCCGCGGGUUUUGAGAAGUUCCGCCGGUUUUGGCCGAGACUGGGCCGGGCCGGCCGUCCCGCCCCCGGCCAACGCUCCUACCGAAGCCACCGAGUGGGACGAGGACCUGAGUGCGGAGACACAGCUGUCCGGCCUGGAUGCCUGUCCCCACGACGUCCUCUACAUAUCCGACCUCGCCACCUUCUCCUCUAGAUUCUGUGGCUCCACACGGCCGGCCAGUGGGCCGCUGGAGUUCGGCUCCGAUGCGCAAAUGGUGGAGGUCAUCUUGGAGCUCAUCACCACCACCCAUUGGGGGCGGGGCUUUGCCUUGCUCUUCUACUACCGCAACUGGACCCAGGCGGCGGCACAGAGGACUCUGGCUCCCUCUGACGGCACAGUCGGGGCUCUUCUGGCUGCAAUGUUCGGAGCGGCUCUCUUUACCAUGGUGAUGGGCUGCACUCUCCACAUCAUAUUUAGACCAAAACUAUGUGCAAAAGGAUCCAAUAGCACGUCAUCCAUCAACUCUGAGGUACUGGACAGGUGGCAGGUGAGGGAGCAGAGCGCUCUAGAUGCAGAAGGCAGUGAGCUGCAGUUGGUUGCUCCCAGUUACCCAGGGCAACAAGUCCCCACCCCCGAAAAUGACAGACACCUCGACCUGCCUCACACAGGCUCAGCAGUGAGGACUGGGUGUGAUGUAUCCCAGCAUGCCGAGCUGGAGUGUUCUAGUGCCCUAACACAGCUAGAGAUGGGGUUAGAUGAGGUGUUUAUGAUGGCCCCAAGAACCUGCACAGCCAGAGCAGCCUUCGUCCCGCACACACAGUGUGAACAGUUUCUACGACACACCGACACAGAACCAAGCCAUCUCCAGGCCGCUCCGGACGUCUCCACGGUUACAGAGGGCAUCCAUAUUGGCUCGGGCUCUGCCGUCUCUGCUGUGAAAACUCGUAAUGACACAAGGCUGAAGGAUUUACCCUUCAGCGCACUCCGGGACCAAGUAAAUGGCUGCCAACCCGAGUCUUCUGCAAGCUCCGCCCCCUACCUACCCACGCAGUCAGUCCAGCGUAAGCAGCACCUGAACUCGUCAGGCGGCUUGUGGCGAGUGCGUUUCACUGGGCCCUGUUGUGGCCUCCUCUCCACAGCCUCCAAGCCACCUGGGGGCGCUACAGGAAAUGCCACAAAGGUAUGCCAGCAGUAUCCAGAGCCAAACAGCGCCACCUCUGGCCAGCAGGAGAUGCUGCAAGGACGGGUGGAGAGUGGCAGUUGCCCUGCUGAGGAUGAGCAUGGCUCAGUGCCUGCACCCGUCUCGGUGGAGGACGAGCUACAGCCCCUGGUGUUGGCGGAACACCGAGUGCAACCUUCCCUGGAAAACAAGCAGGGAUAUGAGAGUCCCAUGAGAUCGAGAGCUCUAGCUGGGAAUCACGUCCGCCUAAACCGGGAGCCAUUCGGAAAUUUUGAAAAACACGUCAAGUAAGAUUGGGCUGGGAGGCUGUAUGGAAACGGUCAUGUGACCUGCUGAGCCAAUGGGUGAAGUGGACUGCUGAUGAACACAUGUGGCUGUGAGAAACUCAGUGGAAUUCUCUCUCUGUCUGCCUGAAUGGCUCCUAAAAUGUGACCUAAGUUCCUUUAGGUCAUAACAACUAAACAUAGACUGUCUUUAACAGUCUCUAACCCUGAAAUUUUACAAAGUAUUUAUUUAUCUUAAAAUACAGCAUGGAAUAAAAAAAUACAACAAAAUAAAAAUACUACUAAGAAUCAUAUAAUUUCCUGAAUACAUAACUGAAUGGAAGAGCAUCCCAGUAGUUCCUGCUGUCCCUGUUAAAUGACGCUGUGGCAGACACAAGACGCUAGAGCACUCGAGCGUAAACAGCAACAGUCUCAGAGAUGAAGAGAAAAAGUCAAAUAUCUGCAGCCAUGCUGGAGUGUGAACCCCUCCCCCACGCCUCCACACGUAAGAAACCCCUCCCCCAAACGUAGGAAACCCCUCCCCCACGCCUCCACACAUAAGAAACCCCUCCCCCACGCCUCCACACGUAAGAAACCCCUCCCCCAAACGUAGGAAACCCCUCCCCCACGCCUCCACACGUGCACUGACAAUAGCUCAGAGAUGUAGUGCAACGCUCUGACAUACUGCCUGUAGUGAAGAUGUUAUUUAAUCCCCUGAGUUUAUGGAAAGGCAGGCUGAAUGAGGAUUUAAGGAUUUUAUACUCUUGUUAGGAUACUUUUUUGCUUCAUAUAUAUAUAUAUAUAUAUAUAUAUAUAAUCUCUAGAAAGCAAUAAAAAAGUAUUCUAACAAGAGUAUAAUUGGGAAAACAAAUGUACAAUAAAGACAAUACAACAUGCAACAAACAUGCAAUAAACACCCAGUAAAACAAACAAAUGAACAUUUUAUUGAGUGUUUAUUGCAUUUGAGUGUAUAACAGACAAACACACACUCAAAUGUGCAAUAAACAUGCCAUAGUGUGCUGUAAUAGCACCAGUAGUGCAGCUAACACUGGAAAGAACAGGAUAGCUAGGGGCAAGAUUUUAAAGGGCUCGUGUUCUGGCAGAGACCAGUGAGACGUGUGUAUUCAUAUGGAGGACCAACUCUGCAGGAUACACGCUGGGCAGACUGACCAGUAGCUCGGGAGAGAGAGUGUCAUGGCAUAGUUCAGAUUCUCUGCCUUAUGUUUGGAUUUAGUUUAGUCACUAAGAUCCCAAUGAAUCCCAAAUAUAUAUUACAAUAAUUCUAUGACAGCGCAUCCGGGUGUCUGUCUCUGACACAAGGAAUAGAAACAGAAUAACACAGUGUUCUGCACUCAACCACAUGUUUAUGACGGCUGUGGUGCUGUCAAAUGUUUGGAGUUUGUUCAGCGUAAAUAAUUAUCAAUGAAAGUCAGAUCCGUGUUGAUCACAUCCAUUGAGUCUCAGUCGUUAAAGUCCUGGAUUGGUAAUCAGACAGUUGCCAGUUCAAGUCCCACCACUGCCAAGUUGCCACUGUUGGGCCCCUGAGCAAGACCCUUAACUCUCAAUUACUGAAGUUGUACUCAGUCAUAACUAAGUUGCUUUGGAUAAAAGUGUCAGUCAUAAUUUUAAGUCUCUUUAGACAAACACAUCAGCUAAACGCCAUGUUGAGGAGCCAUUCAAGUGGAUCUUGAGGUGUCUGACUGGAUGUUUGGUGGGGUUUGCUCAUCUACUCAUGCCUGAUAAAUGUUUAACCCUAUUCCAUAUUUGCAAAAGUCAUUAAGUGUGUGUGUUGCUUUGUUGUAAUAGUUUUGAUACUACUCAAUAUUAUAUAAGAUUAACGAAGAUGUUACAUGUAAUAUUUACAUUAGUGGAAAUGUCAUUUCCUAGAUUGUGGAUUGUAAAAGCUUUCACUACAAAAUUCCCAAAUCCUUUUUUGAAACUCUACGUCCAUCCCGAUGAGCCUGGCUAACACACAGCUGUGUUGUGUACCCGCACCCGUACUGCACGGUCCAGACAUCUCGUGCGCGUCUGGUCCCUUAUCCACGAGCGUGGGUCUCCUUACGUCCUUACGUCCUGUGCACGCCGUCAUUUAGGAUGUGCUCGUCUCGCGCCCAUCGCUUUGAUUGACACGUGAUCUUUGUUGCGCAACUCUUAAUGCUGCUAUAUAACUCACACAUGCUGUCGAAUAUUAACGGACCCUUAUGGGCUAGCACGUAUGCACAUGCAAUGUCGUCAUAUAUCUCGGUUUGUUGUAUCAUGUGAAGUGAAAUGCAUUGCCGUAAUAUUCUAAUGUACGGGGGGAGCUGUAACUAACAAAUAAACAUUUAUAUGCAUUUG